UUAUGACGUGUUAUGACACCUCGAAUCCUCGUGAUGUGCUUAACCUGUUUUGCUUAUAGCGCCAACUUCACAACGAUUCAUUGUAUAUACUCAUAUUUAUAUAUACAUACACGUGAUAAAGAUUCUAACCUUAAUAUAAAAAAGUAAUCAUGGGACGCCGUAAAAAGGGUCGUUGUGUAAAGAAAAAUAAACAAAUUAAUACAGAAGAAAAUCCAAAUGUAACAAAAGCACCUCAUUCUUUUGUCAUUCAUCGUGGUCUACCUGGAGAACACAUUGUUGAACUUACUAAAGACUUCCGCAAAAUCAUGGAACCUUUUACAGCAAUGUCUUUAAAAGAAAGAAAAAGAAAUACAAUCAAAGAUUUUGUAUCAAUAGCUGGUAUAUUUCAUGUUACACACAUGUGUAUGUUUACAAGAACGGAGCAAGGAAUGUAUUUCAAACUUUGCAGAUUACCAAGAGGACCAACGCUCACUUUUAAAAUACACAGUUUUUCCUUAUCACGUGAUGUAAUAUCUUUAUUAAAAAAGCAAAUGGUAUAUGAAGAAUUAUUUAAAAAUUCGCCAUUAGUAAUUUUAAAUAAUUUUAGUGGAGAAGGUAUGCAACUGAAGCUUAUUGCUUCUAUGUUUCAAAAUAUGUUUCCAACAAUCAAUCUGACUACAGUUAAUUUAAGUACAAUCCGUAGAUGUCUGAGCUUAAACUAUAAUUCCACAUCAAAAACCAUUGAUCUCAGGCAUUAUGCUAUUAAAGUAGUACCUGUUGAUGUAUCAAAAGGUAUCAAAAAGUUAAUUCAAGCUAAGAUUCCAAAUUUGUCUAAAUGUGAAGAUUUUUCCGACUUCUUAACAAAAGGAACGGUUUCUGAAAGUGAAGCCGAAGAUGAUCCUUCAAAUCAUGUUACAUUACCACAAACAUUAUCCUCGCGUGGUAAUCAUGCAAAUAAUAAAAGUGCAAUUAGACUCUUUGAAUUGGGUCCUAGAUUAACACUAGAACUGAUAAAAGUCGAAGAUGGACUUUUAGAUGGUGAAGUACUUUUCCAUGAGUAUAUUCAUAAAUCUGAGGAAGAAAAAUUAUUAAUAAAGAAAAAACGAGAAGAAAAAAAGAAAUUAAAGGAAAAAAGAAAGAAAGUGCAAGAAGAAAACAAAAAGAAGAAGGAAUUGCAAAAACAAGAACAUAAAGAAAAAUCUUUGAAAGGAAUGCAGAAGAAGAAAGAAAAUGAAGUGUUACUACAAAAAAUAGCAAAAGAAUCAAUUGAGGAGAACAAUGUAGAAGAUGAUGAUGCACAAUAUUAUCGCGAUGAAAUUGGAGAAGAGCCCGAUAAAGAUUUAUUUGAAAGAAAAGUUGGUGCAAAAAGGCCUAGGAGUAUGCCUAAAUAUAAAGUAAAGAAACAAAAACUUGGCAAAUUAUGAAGCAUUGAACAUUAUGACGAAUGUAUGACACAUAAUGUAUACGAAUGUAUGUAACAUAAUUUUAUAUGUAUAGAAUAAAAUAUUAUUUAAUAAACAUGAAUUUAUACAACAAUGAA